CACGCGAACGCGUGAAAAUCCCCAGGUUUGUUCCGAAAGCUCUCCCAUCGAUUUCCUCGAAUAAAAAGACGCCAUUUUGAUUUGUCGCAAAAUAGGAAAUCAAGAAAAGAAAGAAACCCAAUCUCCUCCCUGUCGAUUCCUACAGGAAUUCAUUUUUUUUUUUUUAAAUAAUUUUUCCCAGAUUUUCCGCUCUGUUGUUUUUGUUCUCGUCCGGUCUGCAUUUUUCACUCACUUCGAUCCGGCGUUUCUCUCUCUCUUUCUCUGCACUGUUUCACUCCCCUGUUCCGGUUCUUCGUUCCCUGUUUCGAAUGCAAGAUUCAUUCGGGAUUUGCCCGGAUUCCCCUGUUCCCACUUACGCGUGUUUCUCUCGGAUUUAGCAUUCAUAGGCUGUCGGAGUGUUCGGUUCAACUGGGAUUCAUAAUUGGAAACUUGUGAUUGUGAUUGUGAUUGCAAUACCCGCCGCCGACGACGAGCGCCGUGCGCAAUUCGGAGGCGCCCGCCGUGUUUUUGGCUUGAUUUGGCGAAGUGGGUAUCGAUUCUUUCGGCUUGGAUUUCGUUGAAUCGGGGGGAAUUCUGGGUUAGAUUCCGUUUGAAUGAGAAAGCGGGGAGAGAGAUGAUAACGCCACAUGUGGGUUUGGAGGAACAAUGACUGGAGGGUCAUUGGGGAUCCGCUCCGGUAGUUAUGGCUCUCUGCAACAGCAACAGCAGCUGCUGCUCCUCCAGAACGGUGGGUUGCCAAUCCAAACGACGCCGCCUCCGCCGCUGCCCCGGAAGCCGAGCAAGAUGCCCAAGGAGAAAGAGAGGCUGUUCCACUGGAUCAUGAAAUUCGCCGGCAGGAAGAAAGUGGGGAUGCUCUUCCUUUGCUUGAUAUCCGCGGCGGUUUUCGGUUGGGUCAUGUACGUGGGCAAUGGCAAAGCUUUGUUUUCAGGUGAAGAUGCACCAGAUGUGGAUAACAGCUUUGUUAGGUUCACCAAUAACAACAUGACUAUAAGCAAUCCUGUGUCUUCUCCAAUAAAUGGGGAACAAAUUAGCAAUGAUGCUUCAUUAGUUGACAGAGAUGGAAGAGAUGGAAAUAAAAUUAUGCCUCUGCCGCCACCUCCUCCGACAUUUUUUCUGGGCUACACACUCCCUCAAGGCCAUCAGUGUAAUAGUUUCACCUUACCUCCCCCUCCAGCAGACAAGAAAAGAACUGGACCUCGGCCUUGUCCUGUCUGUUAUCUUCCCGUUGAAGAAGCCAUUGACUUAAUGCCGAAAGAUCCCUCACCAUCUCCAGUGGUUAAGGAUUUGACGUAUGUAUAUGAGGAAAAUUUAAGUAGAGAUGGAGAAUUUGGAGGAUCAGAAUUUGGUGGUUAUCCCACUUUGAGGCAGAGGAAUGAUUCAUACGAUAUAAGGGAGUCUAUGACCGUGCAUUGCGGGUUUGUUAAAGGAAGUAAACCUGGUAGACAGACUGGAUUUGAUAUGGAUGAAUCUGAUCUUCUUGAGAUGGAGCAGUGUCGUGGUGUGGUUGUUGCAUCAGCAAUAUUCGGAAACUUCGAUGAGAUACAACAGCCAACAAACAUUAGUGAAUAUGCCAGGAAGAAUGUAUGCUUCUAUAUGUUUGUUGAUGAAGAAACAGAGGGAUUUUUGAAGAAUGCUAGCGCUAUUGAUGAGAACAAGAGGAGUGGUUUGUGGAGAAUUGUUGUUGUCCACAAUCUUCCUUAUCCAGAUCCACGACGCACCGGCAAGAUCCCAAAGCUUCUUGUGCACAGGAUGUUCCCAAAUGCUCGCUAUUCUCUUUGGAUCGAUGGAAAACUUGAACUUGUGGUGGAUCCUUAUCAAAUACUUGAAAGGUUCUUGUGGAGGAAAAAUGCCACUUUGGCUAUAUCAAGACAUUACAGACGCUUUGAUGUCUUUACAGAAGCAGAAGCAAAUAAAGCAGCAGGGAAGUAUAACAAUGCUUCUAUAGAUUUUCAGGUUGAGUUCUACAAAAAGGAAGGCCUGACCCCGUAUUCUGAUGCCAAGCUUCCUAUUACAAGUGAUGUUCCUGAAGGAUGUGUGAUCAUAAGGGAGCACGUCCCCAUCUCAAACCUUUUUACGUGCCUUUGGUUCAAUGAGGUGGACCGUUUUACCUCUAGGGACCAAAUAAGCUUUUCAACUGUUCGAGACAAGAUUGCAUCCAAGACGAAUUGGACUAUAAAUAUGUUCUUGGAUUGUGAAAGGAGAAAUUUUGUGGUCCAGAAAUACCACAGGGAUGUGUUAGACCACAUGGCUCCUCCUGUUCCUGUCCAAAUUUAUCCUCCCCCACCUCCACCUGUUUUGGUCCCAGAGAGUGUAAUUAAGCAGGCUCCUGAAGUUCGCAGUCAAGGUGUAGUAGCAACACCAGUUAAGAAAGCCCCGGUGAGGCGAAAAGAGAGGAGGAGUUCGCGGCGGCAUCGGAAAGUUGUAGCUGGAAAUAGGGACCCCGAUUCGAGAUAAAUCUGUUUUGUUUUUCUUUGCCUUCUCUUUGGAAAGUUAUUAUCAUUCUUUGUCCUCCCUUACGAGAGUUUUCGCCCGCGGGUCAAGAAGAGUGUUGUAUUUCCUUACGCGCAAGGAGGAACUUACAUUCAAUUUUUAGCGUUUUUGCCCCCUGAAAUUGGAAAUUUGUCGAUUCGUCGUUCAAUUUAUUUGUGUAAAUAUAUUUAUUACUUCCAAUAAUUGGAAAAUAUCAGAUGCUUUCAAAUCC